AUGGCGCCAAAUCUUGAAGACGACUUCAUCUUCACCAUCUCCGACCACGACGAUGUCUCAGACGACGGUGGCGCCGACGAGGCCGCUGCGGCGGCGACUAAACUAGCUGGAGCUGGAAAGAAGAGGAAAUACACCGAAGAUCCAGACCUCAACGUCAAGCCUAAAGAGGUCGCGUCGAAGAAAGCAAAGAAGGAUAAGAAAAAGGGAAAGAAAGGAAAACAAGCCGACCCCGAACCAGAACUCGAAGAAGAUGACGAUGCGAUGCCUACACCAGGCGAAGAUGUCGAACAGAACGACGACAUUGCUAGCGACUUCGAGUUCGCAGUCGGCGAUAUAGACACUGGUUUUGUGGAGGAGUUCGAUGGCUGGGGCAACGACAAUGGCACAGUGGCGCAAGAAUCCCAGAAGAAGGGCAAUGCAGUCGACGUUGACGACAUCAUUGAGCGGAGACGGAACAAGAAGAGCGCACAAGCAGCUAUAGAAGCGGAGUCGUCGCCAGAGGCCUCUGUCAAUGGCGAUUUUGAAGGCUUUGGCGAGGACGAUGAGCUCAUGGCCGAAGACGGGUUUGGCAUGGGCGCAGCAAGCGACUCGGAGGAUGAGGAGGAUCAAGACGAGGAAGCUUCUGGAGAUGAGGGCAGUGAAGGCAGUGCCCAAGAAGACGACUCAGAUGAUGAAGCAGAAGUGCCGCAUGUACCACAUCCCAUGGACCUUGAGGGCGCCGAAACCGAAGAUGAAGUCGAGAGCGAGCAAGAGGACGCCGUCGAGGCUAAGAAGGCAGCCGCUUUCUUCGCACCAGAAGACAGUGUUCCUAUCAAGAAGAAGAAAGGCGCGAAAGCUGGCACAGGUUCCUUCCAAGCAAUGUCACUUUCACGACCCAUCUUACGAGGUUUGGCGAAUGUGGGUUUCACUGAGCCCACGCCUAUUCAGAACAAAGCAGUCCCCAUUGCGAUGCAAGGCAAAGACGUUGUUGGAGGAGCCGAGACUGGUUCUGGUAAAACGGCGGCUUUCCUCAUCCCUAUCCUCGAACGUCUUCUCUAUCGACCAAAGAAGGUUCCAACGACCCGUGUUGCCAUCUUCAUGCCUACGCGUGAGUUGGCGGUACAAUGUUUCAACGUCGCCACCAAGCUUGCGUCGUUCACUGACAUUACUUUCGCACUAAUGGCUGGUGGUUUCUCAACACGCGACCAAGAGGCUGUACUGAAGACAAGGCCAGAUGUUGUUAUUGCGACACCCGGCCGUUUUAUUGAUCACAUGCACAACACGGCUGCUUUUCAGGUUGAACAUCUCGAGAUUCUCGUUCUCGAUGAGGCCGAUCGUAUGCUCGAAGAGGGUUUCGAAAGCCAACUGACUGAGAUUCUGAACACUAUUCCAAAGUCGCGACAGACCAUGCUCUUCUCCGCCACCAUGACGAGUUCAGUCGACAAGCUGAUUCGAAUUGGUAUGGACAAGCCAGUACGCCUGAUGGUUGAUGCCAAGAAGCAUACUGUAGCCGGUUUGACACAAGAGUUUGUGCGAUUGAGGCAAGGCAAAGAAGACAAGAGGCUUGCAUACCUCAUGUACAUCUGCGAAAAGAUCUACACUGAGAAAGUCAUUGUCUUCUUCAGACAGAAAAAGGAAGCGCAUAGGGUGCGGGUAGUGUUCGCUCUUUGUGGGCUCAAAGCUAGUGAGCUCCAUGGUAAUAUGAGCCAAGAGCAGCGUAUUCAAUCCGUCGAAGCUUUCCGUUCGGGCAAAUCAGCCUACCUCCUAGCUACCGACGUUGCCUCGCGUGGUCUCGACAUCAAGAACGUCUCGACAGUCAUCAACUACGAAGCACCACAGAGUCACGAGAUCUACCUACAUCGUGUCGGUCGUACCGCCCGUGCUGGACGAAGUGGUCGAGCCUGUACGCUCGCCGCAGAACCUGACCGCAAAGUCGUCAAGCAAGCUGUGAAGGCUUCCCGCGACCAAGGUGCCAAGGUGGUCAGUCGACAAGUCCCAGUUGAGGAAACCGACAGGUGGAUGAAGAAAAUCAAGGACCUCGAAGGCGAGAUUGAAGAGGUCCUUGCCGAAGAGAAGGAGGAGCGUGCCAUGAGCAUCACAGAACGUGACCUCAAGCGAGGUGAGAACCUGAUUCAGCACGAAGACGAGAUCAAGGCCCGGCCAAGGCGCACAUGGUUCGAGUCGGAGAAGGACAAGAUGGCGGAAAGGGAAAAGGGUGCUACUGCGCUCAACGGAUCCGCCGGAGGAUCAGUCAAGGGCAAUGGAAAGAAGAAGAAGCUCAGCGGCAAGGACCGGAAGAAGCUUGAAAUGAAGGAUGUCCGAACAGAGGGUAAGCUUUUCAAGAAGGGUAAGGCGGAUCGAGGCCUCAGUACCGGUAAAGCGAAGGAGAAGCAAGCUCAUGCGAAGAGCAAGUCCAAGAAGAUUGCGGCCAAGACCGGCUCAUUCAAGGGCUUCAAGGACUAG